AUGGCGCAGCAGGCUUUCCCCAUCCUCAGCGUCGACGAGAUGCUGCGCGACGCAGCCGAGCUCCAGUGCCCGCUCAACCGCGACGACCUCACACACCCGACACCCGCCCGCGUCCAAGCCAUCUACGAAUGGUUCAUGUGGAGAUUGCUCGGGCUGAACUCGGAGGCCAUCAAGAACGCCGUCGACGAGCAGCUUGCCGUCAUGGAGCACCCUGACAUGUACAUUGAGGCACUCAAGUUCGGCGUGUUCCAGCUCACAUUCAACCAGCUUCUCUUCCCCGCCGGCAUCUCCGACUUCAGCUUCAAGGACCUGUCAGCCCCGACAGCCCAGCGCUUCUCCGUCGUCCUCUCUGCCUUGAUCAACUUCGCCCUCUUCGAACUCGAGCAUGAGCAGCGGAUCCUCGAGGAGCUCGACAAGGGUAUCCAGGAGCUCGAGGAGCAGGAACAAACGAUGAUGCAGGAGUCGGAGCAGCUGCGAAAGACGAUUGACGCGGAAAAGGAAACUCGCGCCGAGAACAAGGCAAAGAUUAAUGCGCAGCGGGAGAAGGUGGAGCGCGAUGUCCUCCAUGUGCAGGCGAUAUAUGACGAAGCGAAGAAAUACCACGACGAGGCCAAGGCUCGCAAGGAGGACAACAUGCGCACCGAAGGGCGAAUGCGCGAGCUCAAUCGCGAACUCGACAAGCUCAAGCUCGUCGUCUCGGAUCUCCAGACGCAGAUCGUCAGCAGCCCCGACAAGUUGCAAGGCAGGAUACAGGACUUGCACGACCAGCUGAGGCGCCAGACCGAGAUGUUCAAGGAGACCGAGGCCAAGGAGCGGCAGACGACGGGCAAGAUCAGCGCCUUGACGCAGUACUCGCAGGAACUCACGUCAUGCGUGCGGUUACUCGAGGACUGGCAGACGGAUGUGGACAGGCUGCGCGAGAUGGAGUCGAGGCUGCAGCAGCAUCAGGACGACCUGCAGCAACUCGAGGUGGAGCAGUCGGACUUGCGCGAGAACAUUCGGGUUGGCGAGCGCCGCAUCGCGAUGGCUCAAGCCGAGCUGCUCCGAGCGAAGGACAGGAUGGACCGCAAGAAGGCGGAACACAUCGCGCGCAAGCAGGCUCUCGAGGACCAGCAUGCCGAGUGCGUCUUGAAGAAGCGCGAGUACGACGACCAGGCGGCGAAGAAGAACGCCGAGGCGCAGCAGGUCGAGCAGCAGAUCCGCGACAUGCAUGCCGCUCUGCAGCUCGAGCUCGACAAGGGCGAGAAGGCGUUCAAGCGCAUCAAGCAGCAAAUCACCAAGUAUUCGAUCCGCCUCAACCAAGCGCUCGACUCGAUCAACGAGCUCAACGCCGUCGAGCCCGACUUCUGA